AACGUGUUAAACGCAAUCGAUUUUAUGUUUGUAACGGGUUAUAUUAUUUUCCAAGAGGGCGAGUCUUACAAAAGACUGUGACCCGAUUAAUGCAAGCUUUAGAUUGACGUCGGCGAGUGUUGCGUGGCGCCCGCCGCCCAUUGCCACCUCUGUCCGAGUGGGCAGCUCGUCGACUCUGCGGCCAGUCUACGGCUCGCGCCCUCCGCGCCAGCCCGCCCCUAGCGAGCUUCCUUAACCACCACAACCACGCCAUUCCCUGACUCAUGAUACGCGACAAUCUUUAACGCACUCUGUUAUGGACAAGCGCGCGACCAGCGGCAGGGGCGAACCCAUUCCGAGCAUCUUAAAGAAACCAAAGAGCCGACACAAGGGCGACCUCCUGGACAAGAGUACCAAGAUCAAGCUCGAGAAAGUGGAGGGAUCUAAGAAAGGCGGGGAGGUGAGCGCACCGUUGCCGCACGGCUGCACCCCGCUCAUGUACGCCUGCCAACAGGCCGACUACAAGACUGUCGUUGAGAUACUGAACAAGGAUCCAUCGUCUGUGCGUGUUCGUGACCGCGGCCUGCGUUGCGCGUUGCACUACUGCGCAUCUAGCGGGGCGGGCGCGAGUCAAGCGGCGAGGGCGGCUUGUGCGGACCGCGUGCUCAUGGCAGCGCCAGCGCUUGCCAAAGCCCGCGACGCCGACGGACUCACACCGCUCCACCUCGCCGUUGUCCACGGAAACGUUCCGCUGGUGCAGACGCUGCUUGCUGCCGGCGCUGACGUCAACGCGACGGACGACGAGCAUCAUACCGUUGUUCAUUGGGCGACCGUUUGUGGUGAAGUCGGUGCAUUACGAGCUGUACUGGCGUCGGGGGCUGACGCGGCUACACCAGACCAGCACGGCGGAUACCCAUUGCACUACGCCGCACAAAUGUGCGGGGCUCCAGCAGCUACUGAUCACCAGAGUAGAGGGGCUGCAUUAGAAAUUUUGCGAGCUUUAAUCAGAGAAGGAGGAGCUAAAGUAGAUGUUAGAGAUGCUGAUGGACGUACGCCGUUAUUAUGGGCGGCUUCCGCAGGAUCAGCAGCAGCUGUUCUCGCCUUACAUCAAGCUGGAGCCAAGGUUGAUGACUCUGACAGAGAUGGUUUGACUGCUUUGCACUGUGCAGCAGCACGUGGACACACCGAAGCUCUAGAAACUCUGAUAGGUCUGUGUGGAGCACGUGUCGAUGUUUCUGAUUCACACGGCUGUACGCCACUCCAUUAUGCUGCGGCGCUCGGACACGCUGACGCCACGGCAGCGUUGUUGCAGCAUGGCGCUGACGCUCAUCGACAAGACAGAAAAGGCCGCAGUCCAGCUCAUACUGCUGCUGCUAAAGGUCAAAUAGAAACUGUCCGUAUACUUGGAGCACGGGGUGCAAACUUGUGGCUUAGAAAUUCUAAAGGUGAUCUACCUUUACACGAAGCUGUCGCAUCUGGAAGGAGGGAACUGGUCAAAUGGCUGUUAGAUGGUAGACCUUCCCAAGUAAAUGCAACUAAUCACGAAGGUCGAACACCACUGCACAUAGCCGCUGCCACUGACAACGCAGACCUUUGUCGUCUGUUAUUAGAUCGAGGUGUGGAUGUUAAUUUAGUUGCAAGAUCAUCUAAGAAUGAACCGAUCACGGCUCUCGAUUGCGCCACGUCUCGUGGGCAUCGUUCAACUGCAAAAUAUUUACAGAUGCAUGGAGGUUUGCCUGCCUCUAAGUUAUCUAAUACUCAAAUUAUGAUUGAUGGUGCGCCUAUAACAGGAUUACCUACACGAAAAGUCACGAGUACUAAAAUAGACGUUCGUGAUAGAAUAAGAAUAGAGAAAAGAGAAGUUGUCGAACUUUCCAGUCCUGUAGUUGAGCGCAGGCGAAUAAAGGAUAACAGUGACAGUGAUUCUAUGAGCACUAUUUCAUCUGAUGAUAGAAAAGUCACCAAAAAAAAACGUGAAAACAGAUAUGCUGAUAAAUAUUGUGAAAGGAGAAAGAGGUUAAUGUACUGUCAAAAAAGUUUUAGUGAUGGCUAUGAUAGUGAUUUAGAUGGCAAAAGUAAAAGAACGCAUUACGAACGAAGUUACAGGCGCCCCAAAAAAAGCAGAUCGAGGAGUGAACCCUCGAGAAAACACAAGAAUAACGCAAAACAUCACCGUAGAUAUUAUAGAUCAGAUUCAGAAAGCUCUUCAGACACAACAACGAGCUCUUUGCAUAGAAAAAAAACUAAGCGACACCGUAAGAGAAAUAAGAAAAGAAAAAGUUCUUCGUCGGAUAGUAGUAGUUCUGAAUCUACCGAAAGAAGGAACACGAAACGUAAAGGCAAAAAAACUUCAAUCCACAUAGAAAACGAUGAAGAGAAGCAAAGUAUUAACAUAAUCAAAUACAAUCAAACGAGUGUAGAUAAUUCACAAACUCACGAAAAAAAGGAAGAAACAGCAAAUGUAACAGAAACUACCUUGAAAAAUGAUAUUGAAAAAUGUGAAUCCGAGAUGCACAAGGCAAAGACACUGAGUGAAACAGAAACAGAUACUGUAUCAAUUAAAACAAAUAUGGUUGUCACAGAAGCUCAAAUUCACAUGGAACGUGAAUCUAGUCAACAAGGCAAUUCAGAAAUAACUGUAACAGUAGAUUCUUCAAAUAAUGUAUCAAUUGAAACGGCUAACAUGCCUGUGGUAUCAGCAGAAGCUAAAACUGAAAACAAUUUGCAGAAAGAAACUGAAUCUUUAGACAUAGUAAAAGCUGCCGAAGAAUCGCAAGCUGUAAACAACGAGCCGGAGUCAUUAGUUGAUACUCAAAAAGAAGAAAUUAAACUUGAUAAUUCUACAACAAGUAUCACAGAGAAUCGAUCAUCCACUAAUAUUGAAAGUCAAGGAACAUUGAGCGAAAACAAUACAAUGCCAGAAUUGGAACAGAAUCAAUCUGAUGAUAAAGAAAUUGAAGAAAAACUAAGCAAGGAUUCACAAGAUUCUAGCAAAGGUGAUAUAAGCGCUGCCAAAAAUUUAAAAACGGGUGAAUCUGAAUGCAUUUCUACUACAGAAGCUACACAACAUACACCACAGCGUUCAUUUCAAAUACUCUCUACUCCUGAUGAGGCUUAUAGUAAAAGUCAAGAAACAUUCGAUGAUUUAAAAAAUAUCUCAAAUGAGUCUAGUGUCGAUAAAUCAGCAUCUCAGGAUAGAGGUAGCUCAGCUGUUGCGGGUCACAAUCUCAUGGGAGAAGAAGUUGAUCAUACAGUUGAACAACAGAAAACAGAUGUUUCAAAAAGUGAACAAAAAGAAAAUGGUGAUGAAGCUAUGAAAGCCACUGAUGAAAUACGAAAAGAGUUUAGCUCCACAACUGGAAGCAGUACAGAAAAUUAUGCCACCACAGAGAAAGGUCUUGUAUCGAUUCUUAAAGAUAGCUCUAAUAGCGAACGUGCGUUGCAACAGGUUAUUAUGGAUACUGUCUCAGAAGAAUACGAUGUUAAUUUACCUUUAACGCCUAAGCAAAGUAGAAAAGCAUCUAGAGAUAGUCAAGUAAUCAGCAGAUCAAAUAGUAUUUAUGAAACAGAAAGCUACAAAGUACUUGCUGAAAUAGGUGUAGAGGACACCUCUGACAUUAUGAAAUCAUUAGACAUGCAAAAUGACAUUGAAGAUGAAAAGGAUAUGUUUUUUGGAAACAAAUUAUCAAAAGAUGCAAGUAUAAAUGGAAGAGUUCCUAGUAUAAGCGACAAUGAAAUUUACAGUCAAACUGAAGCAAAUGGUCGAAGGAAAAAAUUUAGGAAAAAGGGUCGGGCAAAAAGUAGGACAACCAUUCGUUCAAAAAGCGAGGUUUCGGAGCGAGGUUAUGAAUCAAGCGGAAUGAUGGACUCUGGGUUUGAACCUAGUCCUAGAGCAUUGCAACGUCGUAUUGUUAGUCCCCGACUCGCAGCUUAUUAUCGUCAACGAAAUGCAAGCGGUAAAUAUUUUGGGAAAUCCGAUAGUAGAAUCCCUAUUCGUAAGCCCGGAGAUAAAUGUGCCGUCGAUAUGAAAUCCGUUACGCAACGAAUUCAAACAAAUAUGAGAAGAUAUUAUUGUGAAAGAAAAAUAUUUCAACAUCUAUUGGAGUUAAAACGCUUACAAAUAAGAACAAGUAAAACAAACGAAGCAGUUUUGGUCAAAAGGGCAAUAGACGAGUAUAACAAAUCAAGCCUAGCAAGCGUUGGACUGGGGUCUUACAACAAUCCUGAUUAUUCCUUUAGCAGUUUUGAAAAAUUUCUUUAUGAAAGCCUCAGAAAGCUACAAAAAAGUGGUAAAAAACAUUUAGAUAAUUUGCCCGAGAAACCUUUUGAUUUCGACUAUGGUGAGAGCGAACUGUAUAAGAUGACUUCAAUUCCUGACAAUCCAUGUUUAUGCACCAGCAAAACGCAUAGAUGCUUUCAUGCGAUUCAUGCGUACACUGGAAUACCGUGUGCUUCUUAUUUACCAUAUAAAUGGGAUCACCACACUAUGCCAAAACCCUCAACUACUGGUGUGACAACAAAAUCUAAAGGGUUUCUUCCUAAAAUCAACUCGAAGCCUCCUACUGCAACGAGUAGAGCUCACGUUACUUUAGAAGUUUCUAAUGGGACAGAAAAACAAUUAAUUGCUUUACCAGCAGAAAAACUAGACAAAAAUAAAAGAUAUUACGUAACAUUUACCGUGAAAGGCUCCGAAACUCCUUCUGAUAAUGAUCAAAGUUCACCGAAAGGAAAAAUUAAGAAUAAAAGUGGCUAAGGAACUUGGAAAGCAUAGAACUGCCACAAGAGUUGAAAAAUUUAGCUUUGACUGAAAAAAUCCGUCCGGUAUAGAACAUUUAUUUUUGUAUAGAAAAACAUGAAUUGUUUA